GCAAAUGAAAAAGCAGGAAGAGAGAUUUUGUAAACAUUUUAAUAUUUUGGAUAAUAAAUUUAGAAGCAGUGAUGAAAAAUGGGGCUUGAUCCUUUAGAAUUCACCGACUGUCUGACAGACAGUCCAAUAUUUCGCACAAAAUUGCACGAACAUGAGAAGGAAUUGGAAAGAACAAGCAAAGCAAUAAAAACAUUGAUCAGUGAUGGGAAGGACUUGUUAAAUGCAUCAAGACAGCUAGCCAAGGCCCAGAAGCAGUUUUCUCAGAGUCUGACAGACUUCAAGUUUGAGUGCAUCGGACAACAGCAGACUGACGAUGAAAAACUCAUAUCUGGAGCAUUGAAGGAGUUUGGGUCGUUGAUGAACCGAAUUGAAGAUGAAAGAGAGAGAAUGCUUGAGAAGGCUAAUGAGCAGUUCAUCAAGCCGCUGGAGAAGUUCCGCAAGCAACACAUAGGACAGGCAAAGGAGGGUAAGAAAGCCUUUGACAAACAGACCCAGAAAUUUUGUGCCUCGUUAGACCGAUAUCUGAGUCUGAAGACAAAGGUGAACGACAGUCAACUACAGGAGGCUGACGCACAAUUACAAAUGGAGCGACGUGGCUUCUACGAGCAGUCGAUGAAAUACGUCUUACAGCUACAGGAAGUACAGGAAAGGAAGAAGUUUGAGUUUGUUGAAACGCUACUUGUGUUCAUGUACAGUUUACUUACGUUUUAUCAUGAAGGUCACGAGACAGCAGCAGACAACAAACCUUACCUACAGAGAUUACAACACACUCUACAAAAGACUAGAACAAACUUUGACACAACGCGAGAGCAGGCGGAGAACUUAAUGUUGAAAAUGUUGGAUGGCCGAGGCAAUCUUGUGAGCUGCUCAUGCCAGACCAAUGCAUGGCCGGACCUAAUCAACCAGACCACUGAAAAGAGGCCGAUGGACCAGACUGGCUCACUGCGAGGUAACUGGACCAGACAGGGGUACCUAUACCUUAUGGAGAAAAAGGCCCUGGCAAACUCCUGGACGAAGUUUUGGUGCUGCUAUAACAGGGACAACAAGAAAUUCUAUAUGCUUCCUUUCAACCAGGCAACUGGAAAAAUGAAUCCAAAUGGUGAAACAGUAUCGUUAUUGUCGUGUAUUCGUCGGGCAACAGAAUCUAUAGACAGGCGCUUCUGUAUGGAUCUGACUGUAGAAGAAAAGAGCAGCGUGCUCACAUUCCAGGCAUUAUCAGAGGAUGACCGCAAGUUGUGGAUGGACGUCAUGGAUGGCAAGGAACCAAUUUACAAUAAACCACAUAGUACAACUGAAGAUUCCUCACUAGACGAUAUUGGGUUCACAUUCAUCAAGCGGUGUAUAAGUGCAAUAGAGAAUCGUGGUCUGGACGACCAGGGUCUAUAUCGCGUUGUUGGGGUCAACUCUAAGGUCAACAAACUCAUAGCCCUCGGCCUAGACAGGAAGAAAACGGAGAAGCUGGACCUUAAUGACCCCUUACAGUAUGAAACUAAGACGAUAACAAGUGCUGUUAAACACUACCUCAGGACAUUACCAGAACCACUAAUGACAUUUAAAUUACAUCAAGAAGUUAUAUCUGCUGCCAAGCGAGACGUUCAUAGUUUACGACUGAUGGACAUCCACACUCUAGUACACAAACUGCCUGAGGCAAACUUUGAAAUGCUGGAUCUCAUUAUUUCUCAUCUUAGAAGAGUGUCUCGCAAUUCUGAUAAGAACCUGAUGACAGUGGCGAACCUGGGCGUGUGUUUCGGCCCGACGUUAAUGAGGCCAGAGGAAGAAACGGUGGCUGCCAUCAUGGACAUUAAAUUCUGCAAUAUUGUCAUUGAAAUACUUGUAGAAAACUAUGAUGUGAUAUUCAAAACUGCGCCUGAAGACAAGGAACUACGAACAAACUUGGCUAAAAAUCAGGACGUUGGCCGGGGUCCAGUCAAGCGGCACAGAGCACCCCCAGUUCCUGGAGGCAUGGCAACCAAGCCCACAGUGACAGCCACGGCAAUGAGUGCGCCCAAAUCCCAGUCACCGAGGAAUGUCAGCACGCCCUACCAGCAGCAGAACAGGGCGAAAAUGAGACCAGUGGACGUCUAUAAUCCUACAACAGGAAGUUUUGAGACACAAACCAGUAAUAGUGUAAGUGGCAGCUCCGAGUCACUAAACUCUAACCAGUCUAACCACGUCAGCAAUUCAUCCGCGUUUGAGCCCAUCCGUAGAAAUCAGGUGGGUCGUGGUCCAGGGACGGGACCUGUGUACUCAAAUAUCAACGUCACAGAGUUAGGUUACAGUUGCCCUGUUGACAAAAUAGAGUUUGACAACACUAAACUGAACGCAAACAGACUAAUUCUGUCAACAUCAGAUGUGCCAACAUUUGGCAGCAUCAAGAAACGGACCCCGAGUGAUCACUCUUCCCACUCCAUGUCACAAUCUAUGCAAGGUACUCCAUCAACAGGAAGAGGUUCAGUGAGCAUGACAGGAAGUGUUAGUGGAAGUCUGGGUAGUUCAAUAAAUAGCAAUAACUCUCCGCCAAAAAGAAGGACUGUGCGAACACUCUACCACUGUGAGGCUGAAAAUGAAUCGGAACUUUCCUUUGAACCAAAUGUUAUCAUCAAAAACGUACGGAAUUCUAAGGAGCCCGGAUGGUUAGAGGGAAGUUUGAAUGGUAGAGUGGGGCUUAUACCAGAGAACUAUGUGGAAUAUGUAGAAUAACCCCAUUUUAGAACUCCAAUUUGGAGUACAUGGACUAGCCUGUUUUAGUACUUAAAUUGGUGUUUAAGUACUUUUAAUUUGAAAUACAUGGACUAGCCCCAUUUUAAUACCUUAAUUUGGUGUUUAAGUUCUCCUAAUUUUGACUAACCCAGUCUUAGAACUCUGGGGUGGAUUACAUGGACUAGCCCUGCCUGGACUAUGAUGAUGAAAACAUGGAUUAGCCCAGGCUUAAGAUGUUCCACAGUUUUGCCGUGAUUAAUGACUUUCCCAUGGCUGCUUUAUAUUGAUAUACUGCUGUACAAGCUGACUACAUUUUUUGUGUUCCGAUGUGAAUUUAAGUUCGUUUUAAGGCCAGAUAUACCAUAGUAUUCUCAAAUCACAAGGCAUUUCUCUAAUCUAUAACCUUAUCUCACUCUCUGUUAAUAUGAUAAAUGGGGAUGAUAUUAAUCGUAUACAUAACAACCAUAUUGUACUUGAAUCCUUACUGUUUUCUCCACGAUGCAAUAUGUUUUCCUGUAUGUUUUAUGUUCAGUAGGUUUCUCCUGUCUUAGGUUAAAGACAUCUUACUACAGUUUCUUUGCACCUACAUCUUAGCCUUUUCCUUAAACUUAUGUAUGCAUUUGUUAAAUCCUAUCUUAAUUAUUGUUUCCACAUAUUUGUCAUAAUUCCAUGCAAGCCUUUUCUUCCAUUUUUUUAACUAUGUUGUGUUACAUCAAGUCAUAAUAUAAAGUUUUAGCAAGUAUUAGCCUUUUCACACAAAUUGUAUUAUUAGUUCUACCAAGUUAGAAGUUGACUCAAAUAUAUAUUUCUGUAUCUUAUGUAUUAUAUAACCACUUACGAAUUGAUGUAACCCUGAGCAGCCCUAAUUAAUUAUUUGAAUAUGCUUAACUUGUAAAACUAAAACAAAACAAAAAAUAUGUAAAAGCCCUUAAUUGAUAAACAAAUGCAUGUGCACCUGGGUACCGUUAAAUAGACUCUUUAGCAAGGGGCAGAUAUAGAUUAAUCUGAUUUUAGCAUCAUGUCAAUUAGGAUCUGAUCUUCAUUUUGCUCAUAUCCAUGUGUACAUUUCUCAUGACAACAUAUUUUAAACAAAGAGCUUCUGUGAUAUUUCUUUGUUUUUGUCUCGUUGAUUUGUCGAUGGAAAUGUUUAUGUGUCUUUAUAUAAUUCAAGAGGCUUUCCCCCCCUUGGACCAUGUUCUUUUAAAAAUGCUUUUAUAUUUCAUUAUGAUUCAUACUUUACCUUAUAAAUGUUUUUGUGUCGCCUGCAAAGCAUGGCUGACACAGCGGUAUUCCUUUGUCCGUUGUCACACAUGGUAUGCGCAUUGGUGUUUCGGAUCAAUGACUUACCGUAUAACACCUGGUGAAGGAUCUUUGAACUUAGUUUUUCACAUGGGUCAUAGUCAUUAGUCGAGCUCUAUUGAUUUUAGGUCAAUAGGUCAACAAGUAUGGUAAUGGUGACCUUUGCUAGGAAAACUGUGGGCACUCCCGAUAGGUGACAUAACCAAUUCGCAGAUAUUCAAUUUUUAAAAUUAGUUCAGUGUUUAUAUAAAUUGUGGUUAUUUGGUAAAUUGACUGUCAUUAUAAUAUUUGGCUCAUUUUUUUUUUUCAAUCUUUCAAUUAUGUAUAUAUAUAUAACUAGCUUCCAAAAUCGAUUUAAUGUUAAGAUUGAAAAAAAUGUAUAGUUUUUUUUAUACUUAUUGUUGGGUACUUUUUCAUUGUAUAUUUCAUGUGUGUCUUUGUGUUAAAUGGUUUUUUACCAUGAGCAAUAUAUGCAUAAUUUAUUUUAACAAUGGUGCUUUUAUUUCUAUGGCGGUGUGCUCCAUAUUGUUGCAAAUGAGACUGCCAUUUUUCUGUUCGUUCUUUUUCAAUUUUUAAUUACUUGGCAGUUUUUUGCUCACUCGAGUACCUUGUGCCUAUUGUGUGCUAUAGUCAUCGUCUGAUGUCAGUCAAGUAUUUCAAACAAGCUUUCUGAAUAUCUAAAGGCAAACUUAGUCAAGUUGUUCUUGUUGUUUCUAUGUCAAGGUCAUGAAGGAAAAUGGUGAAGUCGGGUUAUAAAUUGUAGCAAUUUUGUUAAAUACAAAUGUUUUAUAUAAAAAAAAAACGAGAGCAUUUUCUACCCAGUUUUUAUGAGACUUGGCCAGAAUGUUUCUUUUCAUGAACUGAAGACUAGAUUUAUAGUUUGGCAAAAACCUAGGUCAUUUAUCAACAAUAUGAAAGCAACAUAAGUUUAAAGAUUCCACUUUUUUCUACCCAAAUCAAAUUUUUGCUUCUUCAUAUGUUGUUUUCUUGAAGUAGGUCAAGUGUUUUGGAUGUAAUUUGGGUGAGCAAACUAGGGCAUUAAUGGUCCUCUUGUUUACUUGUAUCAUGAGAUUAACUUUUCCAGCCAGUAAGAAUUUCUCUAUCAGAAGGAAACUAAACUUAAAAUUCCAAUGAAAAAUGUAGAUAGGAUGUAGGGAUACUGUUAACAAACGUUUCUUUGGUGAACUGAAUGUAAAUGAUGUAUGAGCAAAUGUUUUUCUGUAAGAUGUACCUGUAUUAUAAAAUUUGUUUGUUAUGAUUUGCAUAAAUUGCUGAAUUGCAAUGUUAAUUAUAAAGAUUCAUUUUGAAGGAGAUUCUUCCAAUUAAGACAUAACUAAUCACAUUAUUAUAAUGAUCUAUUUCACAUGUAUACCAUAUCAUUUCAAUGGCCAAUUUCACAUUAAUGGAAUGUAACAGAGGAUCAUUUAAUUAUAUUAUAGUUCACAUUUAUGAUUUAAAACCAUGGGUGGUAUGAUUAUAAGGGGAUUUUUCACAUGUAUAAUGUAAAACAUUGGAUCAUAUCAUUAUGAUAGAAUAUUCCACACAUAUGAUGUGAAAUGUGAUUUAUCACAUGUAUGAUAUGAAGCAUUGGAUCAUAUCAUUAUGUUGGGAUAUUUCACGUGUAUGAUGUGAGACAUUGGAUCAUAUCAUUAUGUUGGGAUAUUUCAUGUGUAUGAUGUGAGACAUUGGAUCAUAUCAUUAUGUUGGGAUAUCUCACGUGUUUGAUGUGAGACAUUGGAUCAUAGCAUUAUGUUGGGAUAUUUCACGUGUAUGAUGUGAGACAUUGGAUCAUAGCAUUAUGUUGGGAUAUUUCACGUGUAUGAUGUGAGACAUUGGAUCAUAUCAUUAUGUUGGGAUAUUUCACGUGUAUGAUGUGAGACAUUGGAUCAUAUCAUUAUGUUGGGAUAUUUCACGUGUAUGAUGUGAGACAUUGGAUCAUAUCAUUAUGUUGGGAUAUUUCACGUGUAUGAUGUGAGACAUUGGAUCAUAUCAUUAUGUUGGGAUAUUUCACGUGUAUGAUGUGAGACAUUGGAUCAUAUCAUUAUGUUGGGAUAUUUCACGUGUAUGAUGUGAGACAUUGGAUCAUAUCAUUAUGUUGGGAUAUUUCACGUGUAUGAUGUGAGACAUUGGAUCAUAACAUUAUGUUGGGAUAUUUCACGUGUAUGAUGUGAGACAUUGGAUCACAUAUGUUAGAUGUGAGACAUUGGAUCAUAUCAUUAUGUUGGGAUAUUUCACGUGUAUGAUGUGAGACAUUGGAUCACAUCAUUAUAAUGGGAUAUUUCAUGUGUAUGACAUGAAAUAUUGGAUCAUAUCAUUUUAAUGGGAAUAUUUCACAUGUAAGAUGUGAAACAAUUACAAUGGUAUAAUUCACAUGAGUGCGCAACAUUGAAUUCAUUGCAAGAUUGGAUCAUUUAAUUAUAACCUAUUAAACAUACAUUUAUGAAACAUAAAAAAAUUGUAUUGCAAAACUUAAGUGAAUUAUUGAUGUAAAUAUCAUGUAUAUACUCUUUUGCUUAUUUAAGGCAUUUGUUAAUGUCAAGUUCAUGUUAUUUCCUAUUUGUUGUUAUAUGUUGUUAAGUAUGCUACAGUUGGUAUCAGUUAUAGAAUAUCACCGGUAUUUGCAAAUACCUGGUAGUUAAUUAUACAACUUAUUACAGUUAAUAACUCACGGUAAUAAAUCUAAAACCUUU